AUGGCAUCAUUCGGGGAAGCACCUCCUGGCAAUGUGACGGCGGGUGAGAAGAUCUUCAAGACGAAGUGCGCUCAAUGCCACACUGUGGACAAAGGGGCGGGGCACAAGCAAGGUCGGCCUGAUCUCUAUCGAUGGGUCAUUUUUUUUUCACAAUUCUCGUUCACCUCCUUUCUUUUGUAUUCUUCUUCCAUUUGGAAACCUUAGAUCUGUCCUCCCUCAUUUGAUCCCGAUGUUAGUUUCCUCGUCGAUUUUUUGGAAUAUCUAUGAUGGUUGCGAUCUCCUGUACCUUUGCCCGAUCAGAAAGACCUGCAUUUAAUUCAUUAUUUUUUCCUCUAGCCUGCGGUACAUGGUUUAGGACUGCAGCCCUUAUCUGUUGGCCUAUUUAUGGGUGCAUUCUUUUACUACUAAUUUGAUUUGGACGCAGUGAUGACGACGAUGUAGAUCCUGAACCUCUUAUUCACGAUAUGCAUCAUCCUCGUUUUCUCCUUGUGAUUACGCUGUCCAAUUGUAUUCGCCGCUCUCCAAUCUCCGGGUUUCUUUUAUCGGUUGGUAUCUAAAUACCUGUCCCGUGCGUUUUAAAAGUUUUCAUUCUAUACCAGAUAGAAGUCCACUUUUUUCUUAUUUCAUCACUAUGGCUGGUUGUCGGAAUCUUUCCCCGGUCUGCCAAUGAUUAGGAUGAAAGGAUGGCCCGAUUGAUCGAUUCCUAUUGAUUUCCGGAGAGGCCCAUUCCUCUGGCUCUUAUGAUACACUGUCCCAAUUAGAAAUGUAAUUUUAUUUUUUAUGAAUCAAAUGCUCGUUAUCUAGCAUUUUGUGAUUUCUCAUUAUCUACGAACAGUGCAUCCUUGGACUUCCCUUUUUAUAAUUGAAAACAAGAGCACAUUUAUCUUUUUAUUUAUUAUUAAUUCAUGGAUGAAAGAUUUUUUUUCAAAUGCUGGAUAUCUACCCGUAGAAGAUCUCUUCCGAGGAGUGAACGCCGUGAUUGGUCGUGAGCAAUCGUGCUGAUUCAUAUACUGCUCUUCUGUUCUUGUUUCUCAGGACCAAACCUGAAUGGCCUUUUCGGGAGGCAGUCCGGCACCACCUCAGGCUAUUCUUACUCCACUGCUAACAAGAAUAUGGCAGUUAUAUGGGAAGAAUCGACAUUGUAUGAUUAUCUUCUCAACCCCAAGAAGGUAUUGGUUACACAGAUUCAUAUCGCAGUUGAUUGUUUUCUUUAAUUUUUUACCUUACGUUGGGUAUGCUAGCUAUAAUGUUUUCCAAGAGAUUAUUUUUUUAAUGCUCUUAGAAAAUCUGUCGCAUGAUAUUCUGUUUCUUUCUUCCGAAUUUUUUUUUUUGGGCACACUCCAUUCCUAAGGUCACAUUCGAUAGUUUGAUAUAAGUGAAAGCAGAGGCUGAGCGCAGCAGGGUGAAGAGAGAUCAGCGGUUGGAUGAAUGAAAGCAUAUGUACUGGUUUUUGAAAGUUAGCAUAAGAAAAUUAGUCACUCGAUUCUGGGUAUUCAUUAGAAAAUGAAUAAUCCGCCCCAAACAUAUUAUUAAUAGCAUUAUUAGCUGUUUUCAGCUGUUGUCGAAUUGGAGUGUUGAUUAAUCCUUUCAAAAGGGAAUUCAGCUGCUCUAGACUUGGGAUCCAAUUAAUUAGCCAUCAGAUGCAGGGCUUUUCAUUUUAUUUUAUUUUUUUCUCUCAAGGUAUUUAUUCUACGAAAAAUGAUGGCUUGAGAUAUAUGUAUAGUCCGCAGUACAUAUUUGGAACACAGGAACUUAAUUGCUCUUUACAUCUACUAUGUGCUACUACCACCAUACCCAUAUAUAGAUGCAAUAGAUAGAUAUAUGUAUAAGUUUUGAUGUUAUUAUGAGGCAUUAAUGCAUCAUCUGGGGCUUUAUUUUCUGUGUGCAGUAUAUUCCGGGUACGAAGAUGGUUUUCCCCGGGCUGAAGAAGCCUCAGGAGCGUGCUGAUCUCAUAGCCUACCUCAAGCAGGCGACGUCAUAA